AUGUUUCAAACCGACCUCACCUAUGUGCAGCAUCAGAGACCUCAAGCCCACACUGUUAAUGGGCGUGGCUUAUCUGUAAUCAGUCCCCAGAUGUGGCGACACAAGGACAGAGAUGACCCAUUCCCGUCCGACGCUCUCAAAUGCUCAUGGCACAGCUCAAGCAUUGUGAACGACAUCAUAGCCUCGUUCUCGCCGCCACCCUGGAAACGGAUAGUUCAUCUGCACCGUGCAAGUCCAGCACAUACUUCCCAAAACAACUCGUUGCAAAAAGUACAUUCCUCUAACGGACCAUUAGAAAUCGAGGCCGGGAAAUUGAAAAAGAUUCUCGACGCCAUCCAUAGAGAGAAUGUUUAUCUCGAGAAAGAACGCCGCCGACUUCAAGAACAGCUCGAGGAGCUUUUCUUGUCGGUGGCGCACAAAAAUAAACAGAGGGCUGUGAGGAAUUCGCAACUAUCUGCCCUAUUUUCGAUGCUGAUGAUGCCCAAGACACAGUGA